GAAAAACGGGGAGAAUUUGUUUUGCAGCAUUAGAGGCAGACGGGGAGAGAGAGGGGGGAGGGUGAGAUGGAUUACAGUCUAGCGGCGUUGAAGUUACUAUGCGCACAGCUGAAAGACGCCAGAGAAGUCCCUUCCCGGAAUGGCUUCAUCCUCGGCGGCAUCCUCUUCCAACGCGCUUGGUUGCAGGGCGUUUUAGUGUCGGCCCCGGACGGCGACGCCGGUCCUUUGAUUUUGGACGAUGGUUCCGGUCUCAUCGAACUCUCCCUCUCCGGCGAUUUCCGUCUCCAGCCAUGGAGAGUUGGGAUGUAUGUAAUGGUAGUCGGAGGAUACCUUGCUCGGACCGGUGAACCUCCCAUGAUUAAGGUUCAUAAGAUGGUCGACCUUUCAUCGUUCCCUGACCGAGAGGCAAUGUGGUAUCUUGAAGUUUUGGAAGCAUACAAACUGUUCUAUCAGCCUCUUAUUGAAGAAUUCACAUGAUUUUGUUACAUGAUUGAUUGGAGGGAAGAGCAAUUGAGGUUGCCAUCUGACAUCCAAGAAACUUGCCGUCUCAUGUGAAACUUUGAGAUAAAGCUGCUUUGAUAGUGUUGUGUAUAUGAGAAAUUCGUUGCCAUUAUCCUUAUUCAUGAAUCAUGAUAAAUACUAUCAUUUUGAAUUCGGCACACUUGUGAUAUCUAUCCAUUUUUUCUUUUAUGAUUCUCCUGAAAAAGACUUUCUUUCAGCUUCUCUGAUUUCAGAUCAUCUUGAAUAUGAAAUUGGAAGCUAUAUGCUCCGUUAUGGUUUUA